CUUUCUUCUCUGCAUCAUUUAAAAGCAGGGAGUGAAGCGAUCUAACACAUCAGUCCAUUAUUGGAAUCGAACACGCUUGCGUUAAUAGAGAGACACAGAACAUAAAGUAAAAGGCUAAGAAAUGGCGAAGUUAUUGGUGCCUCUGUUUCUAGCUCUGGUUAUGAUGGUAGCUAUUGCUUCUGUUGAAGCCCACCAUGGGCAUCGUAGGGAGGGUGGUUGGCAUAACCAUCAGCAUAAUCAUGGUGAUCAUAUGCAUGAUCAUGAACAUGUUCAUGGUCAAGGCCAUGGUUGUGGUCAUCAUGGUCAUGGAACGGGUAGUCAUCACCACCACGAUGGUUCAAGAGGACACGGUGGACGUGGGUGGCCUGGUGGACCUGGUGGUUGGAAUCGCCCAGGUGGUCGGAAUCAUUAUGGAAAUUCUGAUCCGCCACAAUCAACCACACCAUACACUCAGCCCACUACCCAGCAGACGGUUACCAUCCCUUCGCACUCAAUCUACAAUGGUGGUACCGUGAUUUCGUCCUCAAGAAAGGAUAGCAAUACUGUUACUACUCCCUCGAGCAAUAACGGUGGCGUCGGCGUCAGUUCGUCCUCUUCGUCCUCUAGCCAGGACUAUGAUGUUCCUUCUCCUUACCCAAGCUCUGACAUUAAUAGCGGCCCUUCUAUCACAAGCAAGGAUCGUGAUAUCGUUAUUCCUCUCCCAAGCCAUAGCAGCAACAGCGGCUCUUCGUUUGCAAGCCAGGGCACUGACAGUUUCUCAAACCCUCACGGUUCUUCGGUAUCAAGCCAGGAUGCCAUAUCUUCUUCUUCCUCAAGCUACGACAAUGGUAGCGGAUUGCCUACUUUAAGCGAUUCUAAUGGUCACAGCACAAAUCAAGAAGAGUUUGAGACUCCUUUUUAUUAAACACGAUAGGCCAACAGAAGAUGGUAAAAAUCCCAGAGGUUGAUCUACAAAAGAUCCCGCUGAAUGCAAGAAAUGAAACUGAAAAACUGUUUGAUUGAAAUAAAAAACGACCUACACUACCUUGUA